GAUUCAUUCAAUCAUCUUCUUCCCAAAUCGCGAAACCCUAAUUUCUCUGCAAGUUCCCAAUCACCGAAGAAGGCUUUCUUCAGAUCGCUGCUAGACACGAUAUGUCUUCCGUAUCAAGCCAGCAACAGUUCCGUUACACGCAGACACCUUCAAAGGUUCUCCAUUUACGAAACUUGCCGUGGGAAUGCACCGAGGAAGAGUUAAUCGAGCUCGGGAAGCCCUUUGGCACCGUUGUGAAUACAAAGUGCAAUGUUGGAGCCAAUAAAAACCAAGCCUUUAUUGAGUUCGAGGAUUUGAAUCAGGCGAUACAGAUGAUAUCUUUCUACGCUUCAUCGUCAGAGCCAGCUCAGGUUCGAGGUAAAACUGUGUACCUUCAGUACUCCAACAGGCAGGAGAUUGUGAAUAACAAAACGGCGGCGGAUGUGGUUGGGAAUGUUCUGCUUGUGACGGUGGAAGGGGAGGAUGCUCGGAUGGUUAGCAUUGAUGUUUUGCAUUUGGUAUUCUCAGCCUUUGGUUUCGUCCACAAGAUUACUACUUUCGAGAAGACAGCUGGAUAUCAGGCCCUUGUUCAAUUUUCUGACGCAGAAACUGCAACCUCUGCAAGAACUUCCCUCGAUGGAAGAAGCAUCCCUAGUUAUCUACUCCCUAAGGAAGUCAGCCAAUGCUCUCUUAAAAUCACAUAUUCUGCUCACACGGAUCUGACUGUCAAAUUCCAGAGUCAUCGGAGCAGGGACUAUACUAAUCCUUACCUUCCUGUUGCUCCAUCAGCCAUUGAUAGUACUGGGCAGGUGGUUGUGGGUCUAGACGGGAGGAAGAUGGAGCCUGAAAGUAAUGUUCUUCUUGCAUCCAUCGAGAACAUGCAAUAUGCAGUAACCUUGGAUGUUUUGCACACGGUUUUCGCGGCUUUUGGAGCUGUUCAAAAGAUUGCAAUGUUUGACAAGAACGGUGGGCUACAGGCAUUGAUUCAAUACCCAGAUGUUCAAACGGCUGUGGUGGCGAAAGGAGCAUUGGAAGGACAUUGUAUUUAUGAAGGUGGGUUUUGUAAGCUACACAUCACUUACUCACGCCACACUGACCUCAGCAUAAAGAUGAACAGCGAUAGAAGCAGAGACUACACAAUGCCAGACCCGGCUGUUGCGAUGGCUCCACAGCCCGGGCAUAAUCCAUACCCGGGUAAUUCACCGCAAUACCAGGGAGCAGAUGCGAGCUACCAGCAGCAGCAGCCACAAGGGGGGUGGGGGCAAUCAGGAGGGCUAGGUCACAGUCACUACAUGGCACCACCGUCGAUGCAUCAAGGUCCGGGUGGUUAUAUGCCGCCACACCAUUAUGGUGGUGGUCCUUCUGGGCCAAUGCAUUAAAAGAAGAAAAAAUAAAGGAGAGUCCGUUUUAAAAGUUGUUUAAUCCCUCACUUACACAUGCCUCUGUUUUCUUUUUUGUUGUUUGGUUUAUGGAACACACAUGUACUUGUGUCCGAUAAGAUCAUUAUCAUAAGCAUUUUGUUUUAUCAUCAAGUUGUCUUCACAGAAUUGUGAUAGAUGCACUUAAUCUUUGCCUC